GAAUCGGUUAUUGUGACAAGUUCCUUGCUGGUUAAAGUAUUGAUAAAACGUCGCGAAGUAGCUUAGAAUCGCUGUGUAUUUUUCAGAGGACCUUACCAGAGGGCUGCUUUUUGUUCCGAGCCUUGGUUCGUCUGCGUUUAUCACAUACCAAGGCCCCCUUGCUGAGAGUGUAGUAGUUUUUUUUGUAUGGUAUUUUUUCGAGGUAGCGGCAGCAACUUUUUUUGCUCUUUAUUCGCUAAAACAAGUCUGGCGACCGGUCUCAGUUCAGUCGACGCGAAUUAGUGAAGGAAUAAGAAUUUCCAGAUUUUAUUUGUGUGCAGAAAAACUCGUGUGUGUCAUUCGCAUAAAUUCGAAGGGAUUUUUUUAAAUCGAGUCUGCGGAAACCAGUUACUAUAACAGCAAAUUUUCCUUCGAUUUUCCAGUUUAAGCAAAUUCCUUGCAACACUAGUGUUACAAAUUUCCAUUCUAAGUAGCACCAGGAAGAAAAAAAAUGAGCUGGCAGGAUUAUGUUGACAAUCAGCUUCUGGCUUCCCAGUGCGUAUCGAAAGCGGCCAUCGCCGGUCACGACGGUGGCGUAUGGGCUAAAUCAGAGGGAUUUGAAGUAUCAAAAGAGGAACUGGCGAAAAUAGUGCAAGGUUUCGAUAAAACCGAACUGCUCACCUCAGGCGGAGUGACACUGGCCGGCCAGCGUUACAUCUAUCUGUCCGGUACCGACCGAGUGAUUCGGGCCAAGUUAGGCAAGAUGGGAGUUCAUUGUAUGAAGACACAGCAGGCUGUUAUAGUAUCAAUUUACGAAGAGCCAGUGCAGCCUCAGCAAGCGGCAUCUAUAGUCGAAAAGCUUGGAGAUUAUCUAAUUACUUGUGGUUAUUAGAAGAGGUAAACUUUCAUACUGCUUUUUUAUAAUUUAAACUUUAGAAACACACUUGAAUAAAAAAUAAAAAAAAACGAUAAAAAUGAGAAACACAUGAUACAGUAUAAGCUUACUGCUAUAGGAUUGAAGUGAACGAAGAAAACUAAAAACAGUGGCAAAAUGCUAAUUGUAAGAAUGAGAUCGAGAGAAAAGGAGAUUCCGUUUUUCUUCCUUUGCAAAGUCAAUAUUUAUAAGUUCCCUUGCUAGUUUUUUUGUUUUUCUUUUGUUUCCAGUAGAUUGAAAAUAAUUUCGGCCUCUAGAGAAAGGACAUUUUCUGCUCUGUACUUUUGUUGGAUUAGUGAUUCUUUUUUCCUUUUCGUCCUAUAAUAAGUAGCUGUUUGUAUUUGAUUUUGUUUUUCGCCUUGCGUAUUGUUGAACGGACGGGGGAAAAUACAAGAAAUGUCACGGUUUGAUUUUCUAUUUUGUUUUUCUUCUCUCUUUUAUGUGCAGCCCACGGCAGGCAGUGUGAACGUAUAUUUUGUAUUUGUGUAAAAUCGUUUCCGUAUGAUAAGAAAAUGUAAUUUGUAUUAGCUCAUAACAAUUCGUAAUACAUCUCUCUUCGAAUUGGUGAUAGCAUCGAAGAACAGAAAGAAGACAUUGCAAUGGAUAGGGCGAAGAAAAUAGACAAGUUCAAGAAGGAAACGUAAUAACAAAAUUGAACACUUGUAUGUAACAGAGGAACUUCUUUCACACUCUUCGAUGGCACGCGAGAUGAAAUAAAGUCAUAGGAUACGAGCAUGAGGCAUGUGGGUUGUAAUGUCGAAACUAGACGGACAAGAAAAUGUGUAAAACAAAAUGUGAAUGGUUUAAGGUUCAAUCAUAGACCAUUUUGGUGGCAAAAAGGAAGAAAUAAAACGCAUAACUUACUCUACUAUUAUUAUCAUCCGUAAUUGUAUUCAUUAUUCAGAGGAAACCGCUGAGAUACGAAACAGAUUUCGAUCAUUGAUUUGCUAAACAAAAACGUUUUCUUUGUCGGACAGCAUAAACAAAAGCAUAAUAUGAGAUAAACAAGCAAAGCACUAUGAUAAGGAUAAUACAAUGAUAAUAAUAAAAAAACAGAAAAGGAUAACAGCGAAAUCAUAAAUGAAAAACAAUGUGUGUGAUUUACUACUAAUUUAACGAUAAGGGAAACAAAUGAAAAAUUAAAGAGUUUUACGUCUCUUUAUUUUUUU